CUGGGUACAAAUAAAUAAAUGUUUGUUUACAUUUUGUAGUUAUCAAUUGUUAAACAACCAAAACAUUUAAUAAUUAUAGUGUGUUUUUAAAUAAUUAUAUUCGCAAUGUCCGAAAGUACUGAAAAAGCAUCAACUAGUGUGCCUGAAAUUACACAAGUGGAUCCGGAAAUUAAUAAACAGUUGCUAGAAGAUUUUACUGGUGAACGCACAGGAUUUUUACAAGUAGGACCUGAAAAAUGGUUCUUUCCAAGCAAAUAUGCAGAAAAUGCCGAACAUUUUAUAAAUUUUGAAGCUCGCAAAGAUGACACCUGGGUUGUAACUUUCCCAAGAUCAGGAACAACUUGGACCCAAGAAUUGGUGUGGAUGGUGGCAAAUGAUUUGGAUUUUGAAACAGCCAGAAAAAUACCAUUAACAGAGCGAUUUCCCUUUCUGGAGUUCAGCAUUUUUGUCCACGAAGAAUUCAAGGCAGAAAUAAUGCAAGAACAUAAAGAUUCACCCGAAAACCAGAAGCUCCUAGAAAAUAUUGUAGCACCCGGAUGGAAAAUUCUUAAUGAAACUCCUUCACCCAGAUUUAUAAAAACUCAUUUUCCAUUUUCAUUGUUACCCAAGAAUUUAUUGGAGGUUGGAUGCAAGGUUAUCUACGUUGCUCGAAAUCCCAAAGAUGUUGCCGUUUCAUUUUACCAUCUUAAUCGUCUUUAUAGAACACAAGGAUACAAAGGAGAUUUUCCAAAAUAUUGGGAAUACUUUGAGAAGAAUCUAAACCCCUGGACACCAUAUUGGUCACAUGUCAAUGAAGGUUGGGCUAAGAGGGACCACCCGAAUGUUCUAUUUAUGUUUUAUGAGGAUAUGAACAAGGAUUUACCAGAAACCAUAAACAAAGUAAGCGAAUUUCUUGGAAAAAGACUAACUUCUCACCAAGUUGAUCAAUUGGCAGAUUAUCUGCAUAUAGACAAUUUCCGGAAAAAUCCAUCAGUUAAUUGCGAUCUAUUGAAAGAACUGGGAAUUUUAAAUCCAUCUGAACAAGGAUUUGUUAGAAAGGGUCAAACUGGCAGUUGGAACUCUGAAUUCACUCCUGAACUCAAUGAACGUGCUGAUAAAUGGAUAGAGGAAAAUUUACAGAAAACUGACCUACGAUUUCCAUAAUUAGGUCAAUAAAACAAGCAAUUCAUAUUUUUGUUAAUUAGAUUUUUAAGUAGUGAAGUA